AUGAUAACGGCGAGCAGUAUUAGCAGAUAUUCAGCGGUCUGUGCUUUAGUCAAUGAUGAAUGGAUUCGCAUUGAUGAUAGUAGCAAAGAAAGUCGAAAUGCAGCUCAACUGGACGACAACAGCUCAGUUCGUAGCGAUAACUACUUCAGUUAUGUUUCAUCAUCCGUACGAGCGGAUCGCUGCAAAGGGGUUGGUAUUCGACAUUUCUGGCGUACCGCCAAAUUCGGAUCUUUCGUUGAUGUGAAAGGUGUUUAUCAUACAACAUAUCAUUUUGAUGGAAAAGUGCUAGUCGAUUGUAUCACACCUUUGAUCGCCAAUUUAUUCUAUGUUUUGAUCGCUUUUUGCUUUGUUAUUGUCGUAAAGUCCACCUUGGCUUGCAUUUUAAGCAUCGUUCCGACAUCAUCAGGAUUUCUUAACUGGCUCAAGCGGAAUACAAUCCUGGAAAUGAGUAGUAUGGUGCUGGCAGUGUUAGCAUGUAUUAUAACUCUUGUUGUGGGAGCAAUGAUUUAUUCGGUGAAUUCAUUUUCGGGUGUAACAGUAGGUGCAGGAUCGGUGCUCAUUGCUAUAAGUGGUGUUAGCUCAUUUUUUGCUGCAGCGGUAAGCUUGCGAAGAAAAUACCGUAUUGCUCGUCAAAGGCGCCUUGAAAAUCAGCGUUUGUUAUGUGCACGUUCACUUCGUUCGUGGAGAGAAGUUGGCCGUCAUCCCGAAGAUAUGCGACCAAUCAUAGAUUUUGAACGUUAUCUUGAUUCGUGGGCGACAUCAGUUGAUACUCCAUAGGAUAGGCUACGACAACACUUCCAAACUUUUUGAUAGAAUCCUGAACUGAACUUCUCUAUUUGCAUUUGCUCUGCGUUAACAUGCUUGUAUGGCAGUGCGUAUUUCCGAGGAUGCUAAUUCAGUUAAACCUGAAUUGAUCGUUUCACAACAUUUCUGCGCAGUUUUGGCAUUUGUUGCUUAAAAAAUUAAUGUUACCCUGAAUUUAUUGAUAUUAACGAUGCAGUGCUACAGCGUGGGUUAUACCACAGCAGUGGUGCAGUCAAAGUCAUCUGCACUACAUUAUCCA